UGGCGCGCCCCCGGCGGCCGGGGCCGCAGCGUGCUCGCCCCCGCCGCUAGCUCGCCUCACUUAUGGGUCGGAAACGCUGCGUGGGGGAGACUGUUCCAAGAUGGCGGCGGGUUGCUGCGGGGUGAAGAAGCAGAAACUGUCCAGUUCGCCCCCCUCUGGCUCCGGUGGCGGUGGUGGCGCCUCCUCCUCCUCCCACUGCAGCGGAGAGAGCCAGUGCCGAGCUGGGGAGCUGGGACUAGGAGGCGCCGGUACGCGGCUCAACGGGCUGGGAGGUCUAACCGGAGGAGGUAGCGGCAGCGGCUGUACCCUCUCUCCCCCCGAGAGCUGCGGCGGCGGCGGGGGGAUCGCCCUGUCGCCACCAGCGAGCUGCGGAGUGGGGACCCUACUUUCUACCCCGGCCGCCGCCACCUCUUCCUCACCCUCCUCUUCGUCCGCCGCCUCGUCCUCAUCGCCGGGCUCCCGGAAGAUGGUGGUGUCAGCAGAGAUGUGCUGCUUUUGCUUCGAUGUGCUCUACUGUCACCUGUACGGAUACCAGCAGCCCCGGACCCCCCGAUUCACCAACGAGCCCUACCCACUGUUUGUAACAUGGAAGAUUGGUCGAGACAAAAGAUUACGUGGAUGCAUAGGUACUUUUUCUGCCAUGAAUUUGCAUUCAGGACUCAGGGAGUACACACUUACCAGUGCCCUUAAAGAUAGCCGUUUUCCCCCAAUGACAAGGGAUGAGCUGCCACGGCUUUUCUGCUCAGUGUCUCUGCUCACUAACUUUGAAGAUGUCUGUGAUUAUUUGGACUGGGAGUGCUGUGGAGCAUUGGGAAAGGAAGGCUUCAGGCUUCCUGGCCAUCUAGAAAGAAUUUGCUGUGCAUCAACAAGUCAGUGUAUAAGAAGCCUAGCGGGGAAGCAAGCUGUACAAAGUAAAGUAACUUCCUAGAAGGUGAUUUAAUGCAUACAAAUUUCCAUUAGCUGUUGGUUCCCUUAGCAAAAUGGGCUGCUUAUUAGUCCCUUCUCAGGCUGUCUCAAGUUGCCUUCAGCUUUACUUGCAGCAUGUUUACCGGUUGGAGGGAGUUAGCCUGCUGCUCCCCCCGUAGUCCAUAAACUCCUUGCCCCUUCGCUAGUAGUUCUGUUAUAUCCUAUUCUUUCAUGUAUGGUUUGUCUGUAUGUGUGUGUGUAUCCUCAGCAUUUAAUUAAAAGAGUGCUGAAUUCUGGGAAUAAGGAGACCUGGGUUCUGUUCCUGUCUGCCACUGCCCAGCACUGUGACCUUUUUGGACCUCAGUUUCUUCAGGAGCCUGAAGAAGUUGGACUAAGUGAUACCUAAGAUCUCUUUGGACUCUGACAGAAUGUGAUUCUGUGACUUACUCCCUUUUUAAAGAUGGCUUCUGUUUCAUUGUCCAGAGAAUGAAUCACCACUUGCCAUUUAGAAGUCCUAAGAAGAGGUCCCUAACUUUUAAACUGGCCAUUGCCAGCUUAAAUGUAGGCAACAAAAGUGAAAAAUAGUCAAUUUUUUAUAAGUUGUACCUUUUAGAUUUCCUUUUUAUGAAAAGAAUUCCCUUAAGGAAGAAAAAUGCUCUAAGCCAUUAAUGUCUCCAUUUAAUUACUGUAUCAUCCUGUGUUAAAUCAACAUUAUAUAUUUAAAUCUAAAUUAGGCAAAUAGGGAGCAAUUAUUCACAUUAUGAAUAAAUAUUUUACUUUGCAGUAGGACUCACUGUAGAAUUUUAUGGUUUUCCUCUUUGCUUUAAGAUUAAUUCAUUUAUGUAAACUCAACCCACAUGUAAUUUUUUAGGAACAAAUUUGUAGACUAAGUUAAACUGUAUUGAGUCAGAUACUCAAUGUACAGUUCUAACUUGAAUAAAAUUUAAUUUUUCUUAAUUUCUUAUUAGGCAAACAACAUUAUUUCAUAUUAGGUAUGUUUGCUAAGAGGUGAUUUCUUCCCCAACCAUCCCCCAACACUGUCCCCACUAGCCUUUGAAAUGUAAACUAAGUCACAUCUCUAGGCUUUGAGAAAAUUUUAUAACUUGAGUUUUCUUGUCUGUAAAUUCACUCCUUUAUUCCCUUUUUUAAAACAUGGAAGGAAUGCAUUUUUCUAACUUUGAUAGAAAGCAGACAUUUUAUUUAAAGGUCACCUGUGUUGCCUGAACGUUCCUUGGGAAGCUUUAGGAUGUUAAGUUUUUAUGGGAUGCUCAUUAUAAUUAAUCAUUACAGAGAAUUGGGUUUUUUCCCCCUUAAUUACACUCUGAGCUGUCACUUGUUCUCUGCAAAACCUUAGAGUAAGAACAGUUUCCUUCAUUGCAAAAGAUAUAUGAACAUGUUUGGCUUCAGAGUUUUUCAGAGCAUCUUUUCAUUAGCCAUACUUUAUUUAAAAUUUUACUUAAAAGUUUAUGGAGGUGACUAUUAGAGAGUUCAGGUAUUUUAGGGGUGUGUGUCAGGUAUUAAAUAUUAUCGAUUGUUGUUCAGUGGCUUUUUUUGAAAUAAAUUGGCAGGUUUGUGUUCCUGAUAGACAAAAUGUCUAAGUCUCCUACAUAAAUCAAAAUUGGCAGUAAUUGGUCUUUUGGUAAGCUCUGUAAAAGCCAAGAAUUGGUUCGUGGAGACUGAGCUAAUAUCUAAUCUAAAGGUGACUAAUUUGUAGGGAUUUUAGAGAAGAGCAACAUAUAUAUAUUUUGGUCAAGGGGAUCUUUUUACAAAGUAACAACUGGGGGAAAAAACCCUUCAGCUGAGACAGAUGAUGAAGCAGAGGUGUUAGAGUAUGUUAAAAGGUUAGUCAUGCUCAGGUGAUGACUUUGCAAUCAGUUAUCCUUUUUGAUUUAUGUUUCUGGUAUUCUGCUUCCAAAACCAUCUCAGAGGAUAUUUGAAAGUAAAGACAGGUAUAGGAACUGGUCAGAUAAUGGAUAAAAGCAGCCUAAAAUAUAGUCUGUGGUGGUAUCUCAGUUGGUUCAAGAGAAAAGUAUUUUUUACUUCACUAAGAUAAGAGUUACCUCUAGGCAGAUGGUACUAGGAUUACAGGCCAUCUUUAUUUUCUCCUUUAUGCUUUCCUAAAAGGAUGUUUUGUUUAUUUGUUUGUUUUUUAGAGACAGGGUCUUGCUUUGUUGUCCAGGCUGGUCUCAGACUCCUGGCUUCAAAUGGUACUCCUGCCUCAGCCUCCCCAAUAGCUGGGACUACAUGCUCAAGCCACUACACCUGGCUCUAAAGGGAAUUUUUUUGUAAGACACACAUACUACUUUUAUAAACAGAAAAAAAUGCAUGUUUACAGUUUCUGAGGUUUACAAAAGUAAAUAAUACUGAGCAAAAACAAAAGCUGAAUUACAGCAACACUGUUCUAAAAAUUUACAAUUUGGCCAAAUUAUGAAGGGAUCAUGUUAGAUAGAUGUGUACCUUCAGAACUCUAGAAUUGCUUUUCGAAUUGAUGGGCAGAUUGAAGUGAUACAGAGUAACAACUGGGGAAUUUGAUGGGAAGAUCGAGAUAAUAUGUCAUCUAAAUAUUUUUUGGUAGUAUCAGAUUUGGGAAAAGUGGUUCAUUAGGAUCUGUGCAAACCUUAUCAGCUUCUAUGAUUAAAUUCUUAACUUUUGUAGCUCAAAGAAUUAUUCAAGAGAAUAAACUUAGGGUAGCCUUAAGUUUGAAAUAUUUUUCUCUUUUAUGUUGAAUUUGCUUUCACUAGGAAAAGGAAGAGUUACUGUUUUCAAAAGGCUAAGCUGGACCAUGACAGAAGGUACUGUGGGGCAGUAAGUUCAAGAGUGGGCCAUGCUGCAAUGUAGGUUUUGUGCUGUUAGGGGAUAUAGCACAUACAAUUUUUUACUCCUAGGAAUAUAAGAAACACCAGACUCUGAGUCAGACCCAUGGACUGUCCAAAGCAGUGUUUGUUUCUGUCUGUGGUACCCAGGGUUGUUUUGUGAGAAAGCAUGCAUUUAUUCUGUGAUACCAGCCUCUAAAGGUUAGGGGGUGUGCCAAACAUCCUGAGCUCCUCUCAUUAGGAACAGUGUCCUUUCAUUCACUUGAAUUGGACUGGCAUAUUGAGCCUGGCAGGUCACUCUUAUGUGAAUAGCCAGCAACUGGAUGCUUUGUUAAUUGCAAAGCAUAUUUUUGCCAAAUGAUUUCAUCCAAAAAGACAUGUCAUACAACUUUCGAUUCUUUGACCUCCCGAUAUUUUUUAUGUUAUUCAGAUAACUCACUGAAAAUGAGUAGAGUAAGCCAUGGCCAUAUGAUUACAGGGAAACCCAGCAUUUGGUUCUGAAAAUAGGGAAGAAUGGAACUGACCAUGGUAUUUGCUAAAACAAGAUGCCACCCAAGGAAGUAGAGUGGUUCUGUUAGCCAGGAUAUAAUCAGGGGAAGAUUAAGCUUUGAGGGUCAGGACUGUGGAGGUAAUUGUGGACUCAAACUGUCAGGUUUACAUGGAGGCUACUCAACUCAAACAGCACAUUUUAUACUCAUUUAUGCUUUUAGCCAGAUGACUCUUUUUAAUGUUUCAGCAUAUUCACAUUGUUCGCUUGCUGACAAGGCUCACAAGUAAAAAUAAGACCCUUUUGUAGUGCUGCUUGUGGAUUACAAGGCUAGCACUUGCCUUAUUAGACAGACUAGGGAAUAUUAAGUUUUGACUGUGCAAUUAUAAGGAAUAUAAUAUGGGAGAGGGUACUUUUUAAAAAUGCUCUUGUGUUGAGGGUCACUGCAUUAGAGGAUAAUAGUUUUAAAUGAAGCCACAUUUCUAACACGGGACUAGAUAACAAGGAUAAAUGAAAUCUGCAGACAGUCUCAAAGCUUCAUUUUAGCCAUUAUUUGUAAUCUCUUCUCCUACCAAACCUUUUACUGUGUAGCAAAAUUGAUUAAUUUGUAUGUAUCUAUUUUUUCUGUGAUCACCUGCUGUCUGAUAGAGGAGUGAAAAAAUAGAGAAAUGGACAAGAGAUGAAAGAGGAUGGGGCUGAGGCCAGGUGGAGCUAGGGAUGCAUAAUCCCUAAACUGGAUAAUCAACCCCAGAAUAAUCAAGAUACAUUUUUUGGUCUUAACAUUAAUCUUGAUAUUUAAUCAUUCUGAACAAUGUUAAAAACAAAAGAUUGUAUAAUAGCAUUAAUAAAAAUCACUUGCUAUGGAAUGGUUCGGAAUAAAUAUGGCUUUUUUAGCAUGAAAUAUGAAUCCGUUGAACUGGUCUUAAUGUUCUAUCAGCACACACAGAUACAGCUCUGCUUAAUUCCAUAUCCUCUUAUCUAUAGUCCUACAUUUAAUUUAUUACCAUUGGAGUUGAUUUAUAGCUUUGCUUAGCAAAAGUAUAGUCUUGAUUAAAAGAAUAUUAUCACAGUUGAUGGACCUUGAAAGCAUUUUUAUUUUCAUAGACCUUCUAGUAAUUUUGAAAAUAACCUGCAGACCCAUACGGCUAGAUUUGCAAAUUUCCAGUUUUUACCCACCUCUCUGUACUUCAGAUAGUGGCAGGAUUAGUUAAGGGUAUGUUUGGUGACAUGGUAUUCUCAUACGCUGUCUCCUUAUCCAUCCUUAGAAAGAGAAAGUUACUGUGGUAGCAUUUUAAAGAUCUGCUUCGGGGAAUCCCAGUUCCCUGGUUCGAUGAUCUUUUAUUUAGUUUAUAACUGCGGCUAUAGCCUUUUUCUCUUGGG